AUGUUUUCCAAAUUUACCUUUUUAUCUUUCAUUUGUCCUUCUCUUUCAUGUAGGUUGUUGUUGGAUCGUAUCAGCCGGUAUGUGACUGACUCUUCUGAUUCUGAAAAAUCAAUUGAACUCUCGUCAGAGGCUUCAUCAGACUCUGAUGUAUCUUCGGCUCAACAAUCUAGAGCGUCAUCUAUCAUUCGUCAGAUAAAAAAACCCCGCGGGCGUAUUUCAAAUAAAAAAUCUUCUCCACCCACACCCGCAAAUAACAUUGUGAAUACCGUUCCCAUCCCUCAUGCUUCCGGGAAGGUUACGAAAAAGCGUGCUAGUAAACGUCCACUUAAUGCUAAAACUAUGAAAGUUCAACAUGUUGAAAAGGAUGAUGAUGGAAAAUACAAACUUCCUGUUCAAAUUGGUAUAUUGACCGUAUUGAAUCUUGGUACCGUCGUAUAUGAACGUGAUACUUUCCACAACGAAAGAUACAUUUGGCCUGUUGGUUAUGCUGACCAACCUGAUAAACCUAUCAUAGCGAAUACGGCGACCGGUGCAUGGACUUCGGUCGUUCGUGAAGCUAAUGCUAUUCGUCAUCGUGAUCACUCUAACUCCGCUUCAGGUCCUGACUAUUUUGGUUUCUCACAGGCAACUAUCAGAAAAAUGAUACAAGACUUACCUAAUGCUAACAAGUGUAAGAACUAUGUGGAGCAACAUUUUGAAGUCAUGAAGACGAGGAAUGGUGGUGGUAGACGUAGAGGCACUGGUGCUCGUACCAACACUAAUGGUAGAGCGAAUGGUGCCGUUGAGUCUCCGGUGUCCACCGCUCCUCAAAUAACUGAAGAAAAUGGUGUCGAAUCAAACAGUAGCAAUGGUGAUGUUGAUGUUGCUAUGUCUAAUUCUGGUGAUGGAGAAUCGGAAAGUGCGGAGUAA